GUCGACUAUGCAUCGCUGGUGCGUCGGCGAUGUAUCGCCGAUGCAUCACCGAUGCGGCGCGAUCCUCCGAUCCGACCUCUGGGGGCCCUGGCCAGACCCCGGGGCGGUCAGCAAAAAUUAUCCAGGGCGUGAAACCGGCCCCGGGGAACUGGUCCCAAGACCAGCGGGGCUCACAUGCAAAAAAAGUACGACAUCGGAGGUUUGGGAGUUCGCCAGAACUCGGGUUUGCGGACGCUUUUUGACAGGCCCGCCCUAGAUCUUGACGGUCCAGGUUCCGUGGGAUGGUUGCAGCAGGAGCUCGCGUCAAAUUUCAGAUUGGGUCUCGUCUUGUUCCUGAAGGCCCUAUCAGGCCCACCCGAGUCCCGCGAACCCGAGUCUUGCGUCUCCCCGAGGUGAGCGAGGCGGGCUACGAGGCGGUCGCGGGGCUCCAGGACGUGGCCGCCAUGAAGGCGUUCAUCCAGCGCGCCGCUCAGCAGGCGGGCGGCCGCGUGGAGGACUGCGGCUGGCUGGACGCCCUCGCCGCGAGCCACGCGGGCGCGCCGGCGGGGCUGGCGGCCCUCCUGGAGGAGCUGACGGUGUGCAUCUCGCCGCCCUCGCUGCCCCGGGAGGUCGGCGGCGGGCCAGGGGCCCUGCCGGAGCCCGACAGCCUGGAGGGCCCCGCGCUGCUGCACAUGGACCCCGGCCUCCUGCCGCUGAGCCCGGCCAGCGGCUCCUGCCGCGGGGGCGCCACGCUGCGCUGGGCGGGCGCGGGGCCGCCCCCGCGGUGCGUGCUCGUGGACGGCUGGGCCUGCGCGGAGCUCGCGGGGGGCCUCUUCGUCGUGCCGCUGUGCCGCUCCUGUCCGCCGGAGGCCGAGGCGCCGGUCCUGGUGGACGUGGCCGUGGUGCUGCAGGACGGCCAGGGCAUCCUGUUCGAGGGCGCCUUCGCGUACUGGGUCCCGGGCCGGGUGCUCGCCGUGGAGCCGCCGCACGGGGCGCCAGCUGGCGGGGACUGGGUGCGCGUCACCACCUCCAGCCUCGCGGCGCCCAUCACCGCCGUCAGGAUCGCGGGCCAGGCGUGCGAGCUCUCGGCCGGGGCGUCGGAGGCGGAGGCCGUCGUCCUCGUGCCACCGCGCCGCACCGAAGGUCGAGCCCGUCUGGAAGGGGCCGUGAUGGUCGAGGUCGUGGCCGCGAACGGGAACGGCGCGGCCUUGGAGGCGGGCUUCGUCUACCGGCAGCCGGAGGCAUUCGGCCUCGUAGGAGACCGCGUCGACCUCUCGCACGGGAGCACGGCCGCGACUCGCAGGGACGGGGUCUGCGGGGGCGUCCUCCUCGGGGCCUUCCCCGCCCGGCGCGUCGCCGGCGGGCGCUACUUCGAGCUCCGCGUGGACGCCGUGUGCAAGAGCACCCGCACCCUCGCGGUGGGCUUCACGGCCUGCCGGCCGGGCGAGGUCGCAGCCGCGAACGGCCGCGUCCGGGCCGAGGAGGCGCGCGAGCUCGAGCGGGCCUGGCUGGUGGGCUACGAGAGGCGCGGGGCGCUGCUCCUCUGCGACGGGCGGGAGUUCCCGGUGCCGCCCUCGUGCUGGCGGCCCAAGUCGCAGGUGGCGGCAGGCGCGCGCAUCGGGGUGCUGUGGGCCGAGGGGCAGGCGGGCGACCAGCCGCCCGCCCUCUGCAUCUUCCAGGGUCGAUCCACGGACUCACUCCUCCAGAGGGCCGUCUUGGCCAGAUGUUCAAGCUGCGGACGGCCGUGGUCACGGGGGAGCGCCCAGGACGGUGAGGAGCGCGCGAGGCUGCCCGUGGGGGGCAGGCUCCCCGAGCCGGGGGAAGACAUCUUCGCGCUGGUGGACCUCCAGGGCUCCGUGAAGGGAGUCUCGCUGGUUGAGGGCGCGAUGCCUCCAGCUCCUGCGGGGACGAUCUCGACAGCGUCCACGGGAAGUUGAGCGUCCGGCGCAUGAGCACCAGCGCCAUGGCUUCACAUGGCGUCGCAAUGCCGCGUCACGGUCGCGUUCCUGGCUGCGGUAGAUUUUUGCCACGCUGUCUUGCCAGAGCGCCGGUAGGGCCUCUUCACCCCCCGCCCCCGGCUCCGCAGGUGCAGCUUGCACGAUCGUUUCCACAGAAUUCGGAAUUUAUGGAAGAUUUGCAUCCGAAUCGAGGCUGCAAGUGCCUCCGAGCAUCUUACAGUACGAGUGUUGGCGUAAAGAGCAGCAUAGACCGCGAAAUGCCACCGGAGAAAGGCCA